GGCCUAUUAGCAUCUUGGAACUAGUAGCGACCGUUCUUUGAAGACUGGCGCUCGCAAUGGGGAAAAAACAUAAGAAGCACAAAGGGGAAAAACAUGGAUAUGAGGGGAAAGGGGAUGUACGAGGAGCCGAAUAUGUAGAAAAACCAUUAAAGCUUGUACUGAAGGUUGGCACUGGAGAAGUGAAAGAGUUGUCGACAGCACGUGCCACAGCUCUGCUGCAGGGCUUUCAUGAGGAUAAGUCUGAUCAUGACAAACACAAGGAGAAAAAGAAGAAGAAAAAGAAGAAGACUGAAAAAGUUUUAGUACCUAAUGAGGAAAAGAAGAAGAAAAAGGACGAUAAAAAGAAGAAAGAUAGAAAUGAAAAUGCAGCAAAUAAAGAACAAAAGACGCAUUCAUCUUUAGGUGGGGAUAUUCCUGCUGUUACUGUGCCAGAUUCCUCUCUUUCAAAGCCAGAAGAAGAGCAAACUCCACUGCAAGAAGCGCUAAAUCAAUUGGUCAGACAACUGCAGAGAAAAGAUCCUGGAGCUUUCUUCUCCUUUCCGGUCACAGAUUUCAUUGCCCCUGGUUACUCCUUGAUAAUUAAAAAUCCAAUGGAUUUCAGCACAAUGAAGGAAAAGAUUCGAAACUGCGAGUAUCGGUCAAUAGAGGAGUUUAAGGAAAACUUCAAGCAGAUCUGUCACAACGCCAUGAUUUACAACAAACCUGGAACCAUUUAUUACAGAGCUGCAAAGAAGCUGUUAAAUUCUGGAAUAAAAAUUUUAAGCCAGGAGAGAAUUCAGAGCCUAAAGCAGAGUAUAGAGUUCAUGUCUGAUCUACAAAACAGCGGUAAGGAGAAAGACAAAUGGGAUCCGCAGGUUAGUGGGGAUGGAACACAGGAACCACAGAAAGAUGAAUCAAUGGAUACAGAUGAAGUGGCCACUUUCAGAAGCCCUGUGAAAGAUCAGAAAAGAAAAGAAAAAGAUUUGCAGGAAGACAAACAGAAGCAAAGUGAAGCAGCAACUGAGAAGGAGCAAGAGCAAAUUGACCAGAUAAUCAAGGAGUCAUUUGGCAAGCUCUCAAAGAGAGUGGUAAAUAGCCAGUUCGAAUUUGAGAGAAGAAAGUCGGAUGGGACUACUACACUUGCACUUCUAAGUCCUGGAGACCUGUAUCCUGCUGAAGCAGGGCAUGGCAUCCUUGGAUCCACAGCAGGCAGGCUGCAAGCAGGAGUUAAUUCACUCCAGGGGUUCAAAGAAGAUAAACGCAACAAGGUCACUCCAGUGUUGUACUUAAAUUAUGGGCCAUUCACAUCCUAUGCCCCAUGCUAUGACUCAACAUUUGCAAAUGUCGGCAAAGAUGACUCUGAUUUAAUCUACUCAACCUAUGGAGAAGAGCCUAGCCUUCAAGGAACAUUCAGAAUCCAGGAGUUUUUAGAGAACACGCUUGAAAAACCUUACGGGAUGGCAGACUGUAUACUUGAUGCUUUCACAGAUGGAGAGUACUCAAGAACAGAAAGGGACAAGAGUACAGAAACUGUUGGCAAAUGUUCAGGAAGGCAGGGGCUCACCAAUGCACAAGACCAGUUUGCUUGUCUGAAGAACGUGUUUGGUUUGGGUAUAUUUGAUGAAGUCUUGGACUCAGAAGAAGCAGAAAAGAUUCAACAAAAGCUUGAUGAGACUACAAGGCUCCUUCAAGAAUUACAGGAGGUUCAGUAUGAUCGUUUAAGUACAAAGCCUCCUCCAAAUAUGGUCUGUCUGCUGGCACCAUCUGCAAAGGAACUCCAGAUUGCGGAGCGAGUGAAUGACAAUCUUAAGUUGCUAGCUCAGCAGGUACAGCCAGGGGAUAUUGUCAGCAUUGCCGGACUCCGAAAGGCAAUGGGCAUCACUCUUCCUUUCCUCAAUGCAGAAGAAUCAGAAGUUGACCUAACAGAUGCAGAUACAGAAGAAAAUACCAGUAUCCUCAGACCUACAAGUGAUUGCCCCCUCGUGGGUACAUAAAGAAACUACAAAGACCUGUACAUACCACUGUCAUCCAACUGUAAUAAAUUUCAGAAUUUUAUUAAA